UCCGGCAGCCAGUCAGCGAAGGGAUGCUCUGAACGCAAGACUGCAGCAUCUUCACCGAGAGAACGAGCAGGACAAAACGUCUCUUUCUCUGUCUUCCUCCAGCUCCGAAUCUCCGGAUCCUUCUCACCAACCCGUCACCCCUGGGUGUCUUCGCGACUGGAGCCAGGAAAGGAUAAGAAGAACGAAAUUCUAAUAGCCUAAGAAUCGGAUUUUUUUUUCUAUUAUUGUUAUAAUUGCUUCACCGAUCACCCUUUCCUUUAUUCUCUCCUCGGCUGAUUUCGCCUCUUUGCGCUUUGCGUUGUGUUUUUGUUUUGUUUUGGUUAUUGUUCCGUUUCGCUGGUUAUUGCAGAGGAGCGCCACCAUCCUGUACCGCCUGACAUGAGUACUGGUUGCAGCGGAAUGAUACACAUAUCCUAGCCCGCUUAUCUGAAGGUUGAUGGAACUGUGACGCUCCACUGGCACGUUUUUAGUAGCCUAGAAGUCGCUCCAUCUGCAGAGGUCUCCCGUUUUCUCCCUCUCUGAGCCGCUCCAGCGUUUCUUUCUUUCUGCCCCUGCGCAGCAUCUCUCUGUACGCACGGCGCACCACGGAGAAACGCGCAGCUAACCUACCCCGUUCGUAGGAAACAGGCGUAUUUUGCAAUUCCUAAAUCGCUUUUACCCUCUCCAAGGACUCAUCUGCACGGCUACGCUGCGUAAAAAAACGGAAAGGGGGGAUUUAAACGCAAACGCAGCCUAAGCAUCCAAGAGCAAGCUCGAAAAUGAUGGCCGGCGGAGCAGUACAACAAAACGGCAUUUUCUCAAAUCCUCACCAUCACAAUCAACAACCACACAUGGAGUCCGAUCCCCCGGACUCACGUAAAAGACCCCUGGAGACCCCAACGGAAGCCAGCAGCACCAAACGUACAAACACGGGAGUGGCCUUCCUGCAGCCCCUAUUUGAAACUGAAGGCAUUGUAUUCCCUCACCAAGAAACUGAGACUCAUGAGGAAGGCGAGUACUUCCUGAAGGUUUUGAUUCCCAGCUAUGCAGCGGGUUCAAUCAUCGGGAAGGGAGGUCAGACCAUCGUCCAGCUCCAGAAAGAAACUGGCGCCACCAUCAAACUGUCCAAAUCCAAAGACUUCUACCCCGGCACAACAGAGCGUGUGUGUCUGAUCCAGGGGACUGUGGAGGCACUGAAUGGCGUCCAUGACUUCAUCGCUGAGAAGGUGAGGGAGAUGCCUCAGAGCACCCAGAAGACAGAGCCGGUGAGCAUCCUGCAGCCGCAGACCACCGUCAACCCGGACCGAGUCAAACAGGCCAAGCUGAUCGUCCCCAACAGUACAGCAGGAUUGAUCAUUGGUAAAGGCGGAGCUACAGUCAAGGCAGUGAUGGAACAGUCUGGGGCGUGGGUCCAGCUAUCCCAGAAGCCAGAAGGUAUCAACCUGCAGGAGCGUGUGGUCACCAUCAGCGGCGAGCCCGAACAGAACCGGAAAGCAGUGGAGAUCAUUGUCCAGAAGAUCCAGGAGGACCCGCAGAGCUCCUCGUGCCUCAACAUCUCCUACUCCAACAUCACAGGGCCAGUCGCCAACUCCAACCCCACCGGCUCACCGUACGCCAACUCAACCGAGGUCAUGCCAGCUGCCGCAGCCGCUGCCGCGGCUACGGCUUCUUCUCUGCUCGGCCAGGCAGGCCUGGCUGGGGUUGGAGCCUUCCCAACCACUAUGUCCAGCCUAUCAGGCAACGACUUGCUCGCCAUCACUUCUGCCCUCAACACUCUGGCCAGCUAUGGUUACAACACCAACUCUCUGGGCCUGGGGCUCAACCCCGCUGCUGCUUCAGGGGUUCUAGCCGCAGUAGCGGCUAAUGCAAACCCAGCAGCAGCUGCUGCAGCUAAUUUGUUAGCAUCCUAUGCCAGCGAUGCAUCCACCAGCGCUGCUCACCCUGCAGCCAGUCUUGGAGGCUUCUCUCUGGGAUCCCUAGCUGCUGCUACAGGGGCCACCAAUGGUUACUUAAGCGCUGCUUCACCACUUGUGGCAUCAUCUCUACUGGCCACAGAGAAGCUCGCAGAAGGAGCAAAGGAAGUGGUUGAGAUCGCUGUGCCAGAAAACCUAGUGGGAGCCAUUCUGGGGAAAGGAGGCAAGACGCUAGUGGAGUACCAGGAGCUGACCGGCGCCAGGAUCCAGAUCUCCAAGAAGGGCGAGUUCAUUCCCGGAACUCGGAACAGGAAGGUGACCAUCACAGGUUCCCAGGCCGCCACACAGGCUGCACAGUACCUGAUCAGCCAGCGAAUCACCUACGAGCAGGGGGUACGCGCCACCAACCCACAGAAGGUGGGCUAAACCUGACAGCCGAUGAGAAACGAGGAGGAAAAGAGGAAAAAAAAAAAGAGUGGGGGCUUGGGGGAGGAGUAUAAAAAAAAAGUGAGAAUGGAAAAAGGAGAGGAGAGCAAGAAUGUCGGGAAGGAAUCGUUCGCACCGUUUUCUUCUGCGUGUUUUCAGUAUUCUCUAUUAAAAAAAAAUUUUUUUGACGCAAAGCAAAAAUGUGCUGAGAAGACGAGGAGGGAGAGGAGCGAGUUAUUACGCUGAAAAACCAAGAAAAAAAUGUGCAAAAUGUAAAUAAGGUUUUAUUACUUAACGUCUUGACCUUUUGGGAUUUUUUAUUGUUUUGUUUAUCGUUUUAUUGUUUUGUUUUCGUUUAGUAAAUUAAGCUGUCUGUUUGUUUGUGUAUUGUGUGGACAGAGCUGAAUGCCAUGUAGACAGGCCGACUGCCUGAGAGGCUACAGGAAGUGGGGGGAUGGAGGGAAGGGCAUGGGCGCGGCGAGGCGGAGGGUUGGGGUUUACAGGGUUCAGCCCUCCACCGCCCCCGAACCCAAUACGGAAACAACCCUUAGCCCUCCCUCCCCCUGCAGGCCACACCCAUCACCCUCCAGUAGGGUUUUUGUUUUUUCUUCUAGGAGAUUUACCCCAAACCCCUCGCCCCACCUCCCUUGAAUGCCCCUCUCACUUUUUGCUCCCCUGACCCGCCCCUCUCCCUUUUACAAGGGUUUUAUAACAAACAAGACUGCAAACCUCAGCCUGGUGUGCGAGAGAAGAAAUGCCCUUGACUCCUCCCCCACCGCCGACACCUUCUAUUACUUCACCCGCGUACGAUCGUACCUCCCUCCUCGUCCCCUCGUCUGGGAGAUGAAGGGUGAGGUGAAAUUGGGCAGAGGUGCGGGGAAAGAGAAUCAACCGGGCACUUUUUUUUCUCUUUUGCACACCUUCCCAUACCUGUGAUGUAUCCCACGAGCAGUGCAGCGCUGCAGGGGGCGUUACAGCAUGUGACGCCCACCCCCACGUGUGGCUCUAACGUCUCAGAUAGAAAGGCGAAGCGCACGCCGAUGACCUCACAUAGUGAAAAACCCAUAAACGACAAGAGCGAUACAGCGCAGGCUGCGGCAAACACACAGGAUCUAUGGCAUUUUUUGCAGUCUGCUGUGAUAAUUCUAUUAACUAUAUUGUCGAUAUAGGAAUCAUUACCUUCGUCAUUAUUUAUUAAUGAGUUCACCCAUAUAAGGCUCAGUUGUGUUUCUUUUUUUUAAAUCUGUGAAUUCAGGUUGACAUGAAUGUAAAUGAGACUAUUUUUGAUUUGAUUCUUUUGUUUUAAUUUAAGUGGAUUGAAGAUGAAUAGUAAUGUCACAUAGUGUAAUAUAUGUCUUAUUUAAGUCCAGUAAGAAAGCCACCCCAGGCAUUAGGAUCAUUACAGUGAAGGAUCACCUUAUAUAUCCAGUCAAAGAACAGAACAGGGAACACACACAGACACGCACACGUUUUCACACUGAAACAGAACAUUAUGAUGCCAUAUUUGGUGCUAGAAAAGGGAAAUCACCAUAUCUAUGAUGCAGACUGCAGUAAGACUUCUAGAUUAGCGAGAAAAGCUCUAAACCUCUCGUACCACAGGCUGCAGUGCAGCUAAAUUAACCUACCUGGUUAUCAUGCUUAGCUCCUAGCUCAUGCUGCAAAAGAUCACUGCUGUUUAUAUGCCCUGUUGCAGUUUGCCUGCAUUGUAAAGUUGUAACUAAAACGAAUAAUCCAGUUGAACUGAAACUAAUUCUCGGAUAAACUGCUGCUCGGCCUGUGGACGCCCGAACCCUUCGGAUUAACCCAAACCACAGACUAGAUAGAGCAAUUAAGACUAACAAGAUACUACUGAGAAAUGCAAACAUUUAGUCGCAGGUAACACUGAAACAUGACAAAGGAACGUCGUUUAUCUGGGGUCCACUGCUGAAUCUGCAAGCCUCGCUAGUAGAUUUGCUUUUUUUUACGGCAGCGUGCAUAUCAGUAAUGGAGAUAAAUAGGCUCACUGACCUUUGCUCUUAUCACGCAUCCGUCCAACUGCCAACGAGAUGAAGGGCAGAUGAGAGAUUUUUAACAUAUGUCCUGGGAGCUGAGCUCAUUUCUGCCUCUGGCAAGCUGUAGGUCUCCCACGGAAACGGAUUUACUGCCCACUGUAGACCCAGGAGGCUGCUGAAGAUGCUGUUGUUUCUUCUGUUGUUGAGUUGUUUUUGUUUGUGUCGUGUUAUUUUUGUCUGUGUUUUUUUAACAAUCGGAGUACACUGAAUUUUUUUUUGUCUUAAUGCACUGUGAAGCGAGGGAGAGUUUCUCUCGACCUAUGAGGUCAGGGAUGGAUGCUAUAGACGGCAUCGUUGACUGGAUGGUUUUUUGUAUGGCAGGGAAAAAAAAAACACGCAUAUAUGAAAUAUAUGUAGAAUGCAUAUGAAGAACUUCACCGGAAAUGCACAUCAUAUCUGAAUAUUGAUGGAGGUGAAAGAGACUAGGUCGAUGAAGAGGAUCAAUCAAUUGAGGUCAAUUAGAUCCUACUUACCUGUUAUCUUGGAAAAGUGUUUCGUAAUUUAGGGGGCAGGAUGUUGGGGAGUGUUAGGUGUCCAGUAGUAGAUUCAAGAGACUGGAACAAAUUCUAAAUUCAAUAUCCUAUCGCAGCUGUGUCUUUCUCACGUACUGCACGUCCAACAGGCAAGUCCCUGGACAGAGAUUUAACUCUAACAGUAGCUGAAGUAUGACGGAAUGUAAAAGGCCAAAAAUGAGGAGGGGGUGCAUUUGAUUUAUUGACCUAAAAGCCCGGUGAGGGGAGGGAACACCUCUAAGACUAAACAAACAGACCUUUUGAUUCUUUUGAAACCAAUCCGACCCAAAAUCCUCCACUGUGCUUUUGAAUGUGUCACUCUCUGUUGGAGCGCCAGUGAGGGUUUAUCUCCACAGCUUGGUAAGGAGGCUUCUUUACUCCCAUCUAACACCAUCCACACUCUCCUCACCCUCCCACCCGUCCUCAGUUUUCCAGUGCACUCCCAUCCUGACACCCCCUCUCCUCCUACCACAUCGCUCCAUGGGUGACUAUGUCUGGUGUUCCGAUCAAUGCAUGUCUGCUGCUCGCCCCGACAAACGCCACAGAUCGAGCCUCUUCUCUCUUUGCCUCCUCGGGCAGCUGAGGCUCGGGCCACCAAAUGCGACACCAUCAGAAAAUAACCACGCCCGAAGAGGAAGUCAUAGCUGGCAGGGCACAGUGCAUAAACACUCUUAUUUGUAGUUUGCACUUCAUAACAGUGACGAGAUGCAUUACUAGCUUGGAAAACGUUGCACAAACACACACAUAUUUUGAGGGAAUAAUUUCUCUUUGAUAGGGUUUGACUGGAUUUUAUUGCAAAACCUCAUAAAAGAUCACAGGAAGCCAGUGUGCUUUUGCUCUGCUAUGGAAAUAUACUGUGCUGAAUGCAUUCAGUAGGCUGAUUUCCAUUUUAUUUAGAGUAAGAUUUGCCUUUUUUCUGCAGGUAGACUCAUUUAUGGACUUAAUAUCUAUUGAGCAAUUUUGGAAAAUAAUUUUAGGUUUGUUGGUCAGACAAAACAAGCAAUUUGUCUCAUGUAGUUGUUUAGCAGAAACAAUAAUUACUCAGGUAAUUUAAAUUAAGAUUUUGAAUGCUAAUGAAUUAAAAGUCAUGUGGCCGUGUUUCCUCCCCCUGCUUUGGAAAGCGUGCAUGCAACACAGUAUGUUUACAGUGGCAAAACUGCACUGAAAUUUCUUAUAUAGGUGCCGUUUGAUUUAAUACUUUAAUUCUUUUUUAUCUUAUUAAUUAAACCUUAGGAUGACUGUCUUUUACACAGCAGCGAAUCUCUUUAGUUAUCAUAACGUUAGGGGAUUGAGAUAAAAUGUGACAAGUACUAGAAGCAAUACAUGUUGUGUCGUCCCGUCCCUUAUCCUCCGUGUGCCGUAGGAGCUUUUGGAUUUACCCGUAGACGUUGAAUAGGUUUACACGAGUAAUUUUCUUUUUCAAUUUGUGGAAGAUGCUGCUAUUUAAUAAUAAUAACAAGAAAAAAAAUCCCAGGUUAAAAACAUAUCGAAAUCUGUCCUUUAGCUGGAGAGGCUAGUUGCAAGCAGUGUAACACACGCUCUGUUAUAAGCUGACAAUAAGUUAAUAAGAGCAUAAUUUUAACCUGAACAAGUAAAACCUGUGCCAAAACAGAACUGUAAAUGUGUUGAUUUAAAUCACAUUAGGUAAGAGGAGACAUACUUUUAUAUUAAGAAAAUGUGAAAAGUGCCAAAUGAACCAUAUUUAUAAAUCAAUACAUAGGAAGGGGGUCGGUUUUUGAGAACUAGGUACACUAACAGACAAAGCGCUUCAGUAUAGCAGUUUGUUCAAUCCCUCUUCACUCCUGCCACAAGACGAGGGACCGCCAUGUUAGCCAAGUGUUAGCCUGUCCUCUGGGAACUACUCUUCCCAGGAUGCAACAGCACUAUGACUCUGGGGCUAGAGUAUCAAUAUAGUGAUAGGUUAGCAUAAUAAUGCUAAAAAAAAAAUGUGACUAGAUAGCAUUCUUAAACACAGCCUUUUAUAGUUACGAUGAAGAUGUAUUUUGUGGAAAUAGAUGUUAUCUUUUUUGCACGUCUAUAUUGCAUGAUAUCAAAGUGAAGCGUGGACAAAAAAAAAAUCAAAGAAACAAAAAAAAAAGAAAAACCAUUUAGGAAGUGUGUGUUGUUCAUUUUUCGGAGACAAAUCUUUGCAUGCCGAUAAGGGGUAGAGCAUUUUGGUAUUGUUUUACACGCGUUCAGAUGUUCGUUGUUUUUCGACGCAGUCGCGUCAAGUCCCGGUCCACCUGCUGCAGGUGAAGACGAUGUUUGAUUUCGAUGUCACGACCGAGUGAGUAUUUUGUCGCUAAGCUGUCUAACCUUCCUCAGAGGGAUACGAACAAAACUCUCGAACAAACCUAAGACUAUUUUGCUACUUGUUGAGCGAGCUUGGACUAAACGCUUCUCAGUUCCUACUUAACUUUCGAACAAUUUUUUGAAGACAAAAAAAAAAAAAUCUGGAUUUAUUUUCAAAUAAUAGACUGAGAUUGUCCAUGAAUGUACUCACCUCUCCAUAAGUUUGCAUAUCACUCUUCUGACCACUGGCGUGCAGUAGAGGCUUACAUGUGUUUUAGUGUGUCUCUGUAAUCUAACCUUACUAACCCCUCGACGCACUCUGUCAGGCUCUCAGUAUUAAUAUGUUGUCUGUCCUUUGAGCCCCCACGCUCUGAGCUCUGGCUUGUCUUGUCAUUGAAUUGCACCUUAUUGACCUCAAAUAUGACAUGGAGCAUCUCUGGUCCCGCCCCUCGUGGUCGCGAGAGACUCGUAAAGAGAGACAGCGUGUGAGAAAGAGGCGAAAGCUCCCCUCCCCUUACUUUUAAAUCCAAAAUAACGCGCAGACACACUUUGCUGUGCGCUGCGCCGCCUGCCUCCCUCGGGUGACUCGCUGCAGAAUUUGGGACAGAUUGUGUUUUCGCUCCCUUAACAUGCGAUCCAAGGCUCUGAUCUCGGGGAGAGAGAGAAAAAACAGCACUGAACAUUGCCAGUGUGGGUUUUGAAUCCUGAUCGCCCUCCUCCCCUCUCUCUCUGUCUCUCUCUGUCCUAAGUUUCCCAGUUCAGUUUAAUUAGAUGCCAUUGGCUUCGGUGUCAAAUUUAUUUGUUUUCUUUUUUGCCAAAGUCUCUCUCCGGAUUCGCAGUGCGGUCAUGCUUUGUAUGCUGACAGAUGUUGUCAUGGGAAGUGGCCCGCUGCUCACAAAACUAACUGAGAUGGGGAAACGAUCGGGAUUUCCAUUAUUGCUCCUCGGUGACACGUUUGCACUAAACCUUCUGCUGUUACAGUGCACGGCACGCCGAGCUGAGGUGGGGGUCAGUGUGCGAGACUACUGUAGAUGGUAGCCUUACUGUAGGUGUUCAUUCAGCAUAUGUAUUUAGAUGUGCAUGCUCCUCUCUCUCUCCCGCCCUCUGAGUUUGUCUGCUUUAGGCCCGCUCCGUGGUGUCUGUGUUGCGGCGUAGCCGGCUAGCCAUGUUUUAUUCAUGUCUUAUUUUUGUUGGCUUUUGUUUUUACUGUACCGUGUAGAGGAAUGCAAACUCAACUCUAACCUGCUCGCCAGGUGACCUCAUUGCUUCUCAGUGGGUGUGUGGCUCUCCGACAUAGUCCCCAGCUCUUGUUUUCUGCCCCCCCGCCUACCCUCCACCGCCACGCCUACCUCCACAAACCCACUCUCACCCACACCCACCACCUUUUCAAAACAACAUCUAAGACAUCUUUUGGGACCCCACCCCCUUUUCCACCCUUCUUCCUCCCCUAACUCGGGCCCCAUCGAAGCACCAGCAACUGUAGACUGCAUUUGUCAUAUCACUGUUUUUCUGUUCCUUCUCUCGUUUCUCUGUUUAUUUUUUUCCUGGUUUUGAUUUGUACUGUAUGCUCUAACCCAAACCAGUUUUAACAAAAUGCCAUUUUCUGUAUGUAGCCUGUUUACCCUACUCCACCCCCACCCCCCUACACACACACGCACACACACACAAACACAAUAUCCUCCAUGCCCUCUUUUUUUGCACUUUCACUGCCCACUCCUCCUCCUCGCCCAAACAUACACACACUUUCCUCCUCCGCCUCCCACGAGUCUCUUCUCUCGAGUGCCAAAAUAGAACAGAGAGGAAAAAAAAAGCAAAACAAAACAAAAAAAAAAAAGACAACAACAACUACUACUACCAUUCCAAGCGUUUCUUUGAGUUGUUCUUGUGUGUCGGACAUCCAUCCUGGAAGCACCCAUGAAGCCAGCAUGCUCCGCCCUCAUAACAUGAUGUCGCUCAUGACGCCUCAACUGAACAGCACCUUGCCCCCCACCACCACCACCUCCUCCUCCUCCUCCUCCUCCUCCUCCUCACCACCCCCACAGAGCUAAACCCGACAAGGAUUAACCCUUCUGCAGGUUGGCUACCUACCUACUGUCCUGCCUCUCAACCUACCUUAAAAAAAAAAGCCCUACCGCUCAUGCCAGCUGCUUUCCUAAUUCUGUCAUUUCUUCAGCCUGUGGGACUUCAUUGAUUGUGUGCCAUAGUGUUGGGGGCACCUUUCACUCUCCUCACCUCCCCCUUCUUUCUAUACCCCCACCUUUCUCUCUCUCUCUCUCUCUCUAUAACCCCUCUCGCUCUCGCUCCAUUUGAUUUUUCUCGAUGGGAAAGAUUAAAAAAAAAACCUCCAUUUUUCUAAUGAUGAUUUUUUUUGUUGUUGUUUAACAUCCAAACCACGCACGCCGACACAUGCACCGCCCCCAGUGCAGUGGUGUGGGGAGUGUUUACGCACCGUCAGCUGCGCAGCCAUCCUCUGUCUUCUUGAACUUUUUGAACUUUCACCCCCUCAUGAACUUUAUUGACCUUCUUCCUCCUCCUCCUACCCCCCUUCUGUGUUCAUCCAACUGUUUGGACGAUAACUCUCCAUUCCAUCCCCAAAACCUCUCUGAGACUGUGCAAUGCUAGCUGAUAUGAUUGGAUUUUUUUUGUUUGUUUGUUUGUUGCUCACCAUUGGGGACAGUUCUCUGAGCUAUAAGUCAAAAAAAAAGAACAAAAAAAAAAAACCAACAUAUGAAAGGAAGAAAAAAAUAUUUUAAAAAAAUGCAGACAAACAAAAAAAGGAUAAAACACUAAACAAUUGUUUCUCCACAAUUUCAUUUUUUUUCUCUCUCAUUGUAAAUAUUUUUGUCAGAUUUUUUUGCCGAGGUGUAAAGAGAGAAGUGUUGAGCAGAAAGGGGCGGGCAGCAUAAAGAGAAACUAGUGGACGCGGUAGACGAUCGUAACACUUUUCAUCCUCUGUAUCCGAUACUUAGGUCUGCCUGUAUAAUCGGCUAUGCUAGUUCUACUGUGUUAACCUGUGCUGUUGUUAUUAGUGUUGAUUUACCUACUGUAUUCGCUGUUUAGCGUUCAUGUCGGCUAGCCAACUUUUUAGAUAAGUGUGCUCAUCAAAUAAUAAUACUAAUCUUGAGAAAUAGUCCGAGCCAUUCUCAACGUAGGCUUGCUUUUGUACAUUUGUUGAUGUUUCUUAACAGUGAGUUGUAGUGGCACUAGUAUCUUUUUAAUCAUCAAGCCAUAGUGAUUGAAAACGCUUGGUCAUGUUAGAGACAUAUCAUCGUGGAAGACGGCUCGACUCAGCUCCUCCAAGUCGGAGAAAGAAAAACAAAAACAGGGAGGCGGAGACGGAUAAUUGAAAAACAAAAGAAGAAGAAAUUAAGCUCCUCCCGGGCUACAAAAUGAGGAAGAUGAGCUGCUAACUUUUGUGCAAUACAGUCCUAGUUUACAUAACAUAGAAGGAUAGUUUAGAGAUGAUUAACCUCUGCAGGUGCCGCUCAACCACUCCGCUGCCUGCAGAACCAAACUUGUAUCAUAUCUCCAUAUUUCGCCUCCACAUCAAAGACAUGUUGAAACUAUUAAAGUGACUGUGUGAGAUUAGACUCCACCAUUUCAUUGCAUUGCUCUGAGCUCCACUCUUGAUUUAUGCUGCCUGCCCCAUCGCCCUGAGAACACCACAUGAGCUAUUUAUUUCUCAGACUAUUAUUAUUAUACUAUUAAUAAAUAACAACACAACGAGAAAAAGGGAACGACUGGAAAAAGGUGAAUUAAUAUUAUAAUUGUUUUGUUUUUAUUUUUUAGUAUUUAGUGGUUGCUUUUAACAACAUUCAUUAACUGACUUAAAGAUUACUGAAUAUUUAAUGUAAUUGUAGCAUUGUGUUUGUAAAGAGAAAAAAACCUAGUGAGUUGUGUUUCUUGACUUGUGGAUUACCAGUGAAGUGGGCAAUCUAGUGCUAAUAUAUAUGAGGUCUUUUUUUAAGGAUUCUUAUUUUGCGACAGCAACAGCAGUCAUUAUAAAUGUUCAUUUUAGCAUCACCUGUCUUCCGUUGUCUUAUUCUUCACCUUCCACCACACUCUGCAUCAUCACAGUAACACAUCGCAAGUCUGAGGGUGGGGACCGAAUGUGUGUUUGGGCGAAUCGAGGUGCGCGCGCGCGAGGGUGUGUGUGUGAGCAGCGUGUGUCGUGAAUGUGUGCAAGUUAACGAACCUGUGUUUAUUUGUGCGUCUAUGCAAAAUAUGGUGCACGCGUGCGUGUCUGUCUGCUCACACGUGUGAAUCUGCGUGCGUCUGCGUGGAUGUGUGUGUGUGCGAUUGUUGGGUCUGUGAGGGGGGGGUUCGGGGUGGGUGUUGUGUCCAGUGUCCACCAAAAGCUAAAACUUGUCAGGCUUCCAUACUUCCUGAUGGAACCUCCUGACGUUAUAGCUGCAAACCCUCAUCAUGUGAUCUGACUCAACUCGACUGUCCAUAACCCCUUCAGUCACCUGACCAACCAAAUCAACCAAUCACUGUCCACCACUACCGCCUUCCCCCUGCGCCAUCCUUUGCUGCACACCACGUCAGCCCCAUGUGAUGUUCUCCAUUGAUAACAUACUACUGUCACAAUCUACUGUUACAUGCUGACAGAUCUGGGGAUAAAUACGCUUGCUUUCGUUCAUUCGAGGUGUUUUCACCUUUGAGAUUAUUACUAAGCGCUCCUUAAAUCAAGGCAAGUGUCCCUCAGGUUGUUUGACUUUGAAAGGAUCAGUUCACCCAUAUUUAAUGUUUGCCCAACAAGUGCAAUAUCUGUCAAUAAUUUAUGCUCCAAAACGCUGGAGGUGAAUGGAGUUAAGUCCGCGGUGGUGCUCACAGCAUUAAAAAUGCAUAUGUAAAUUUAAUUCACAUUUGUGUGCAUAUAUUUCUGAGGAAACCACAGCCCUGGCUGCAAACAGCUUUGCUGUAGUUUCCGGGACUGAUAAGUCAAAACACCACGUGAAAAAAGACAGGUGCUGUCUAACCAUCUAAAAAAAUUUGAAUGUGACUUGAACAGUUUGGGAGAUUUUAGCUGUACAGAAGUCAGAUUUCCCUUAAAUAAUAAUGAAGGAGAUAGGCUACAUUUACCAAAUAACAGCAAUGUCCUUCUCUGUUAUACAAGAAACUCCUUGUGAAUAAUUUUAUGUAGAAAGUAUUUUCUCUCUGCCAAACUACAGCUGCUAACUGUGGAAGGAAACGUGCAUCUACCUGUGACAAGACAGCUGAGCUGUGAUGAUGGUUAGCUACAUGUUUCCUUUUAGUAGCAGAUAAAGUUCCAUAGAAGUGAAAUAAAAAUUACAUAAGAUACACAAGAUAAUAAAGAUAAUUUUUUGUUUGUUUUUUAGUAAUCUUUUCAAACUCUAAGAAAAUAGCAAUCGACAAGUACAAAUUUGGAUUUAUAACAUUGAAAUUUUGAGGUACGUAACUUGAAAUGUUGAGAUGAUAACUCAGCCUCGCAAAAAUAAAUAAAUCAGCGACUCAAACAGGCUUCAGUAGUUACUGCUGUGGUGUCAUCCAAUCAUAUUUUUUGGUUCCUUGAUCACCGCAGCCCGGGUACCGUAUAGUUUUAUUACACCGAAAAGCUGGUAUCUCAAAAUUGGGCAGCUUACACCAAAUAAAUCGAGAUGGAUAAAUAACUCUACGGCCCAAAAUGUCAAUUUGAUUUUGAGAAGAACUGUACCUCUAAGUAAGAAACUAUUUCUUGGAUAGCUUGGAUGAACUGACCCGUUAAUCAGCCUGAGGUGGACUUGUUCCGUUUAAUUUCUUCAGCGUCAUUUAAUGAAAUUUAGUUUGUUUUCCCCAGAACUGCAUAUUACAUUUCUACUGUUCAUACUACUGUACGUGCUGCAUACUACCUUACCAGGUCAGAAUCCACCUUAACCUGUCUCCAUGCCAACCACAGAGGAGCCAGUUGCAUGGCAACCGGCUUCCGCCACAACAAAACAACCUACCAACCAGCCAUCUUUCUCAACUGAUGAGGCCACGCCCACCUGACUAUGAUCGCUCCGUAGAAGAAGAGAUAGAGGAAGAGAGAGGAUAGGAGGAAGGGAUGACAGAUGAAAGAGAUGUAGUUGUGAUUCUCAGGGUGUCUUAUAUAGAUCUACUGUUUAGUCUGUUCUCCAGUCUCUCACUGGUGUCCUGUUGCCCCUAACUGAGCCCAAAGACGAUCAUGUCCUCCUCUGAUAAAGUCCUUGUUUGAUUGACUACUGACCAAUUCCUCUCCAUCAGUUGAUUGAUAGUAUUGAUUGACCAAUUCUCUUGAGAGCUUGAGCUGAAAGAAGCUCAGCACUGUAACUAAUGUUUACAACCCAAAUGAGACCAACAACGCUGUUGAAAGAAUGUCUAGGACUUAAAAAAAAA